AUGCAUGGGUCAAUGAUGUCAUCGCCGGGCGCUCUCUCGCUAAACGUGCCCUUCAGAGUGGAAAUGGAUUCACGACUGACCCAUUUGGUCAACAAUUGUCAAUCGGACUCGUCGUCUGGUCUACAGAGUGACGGCCUGUUGAUGGGGUCAACGUCUGCGCCACUAAACCGCAACCCUUUUAGUAUCGAUGCGUUGACUUCGAGGCCAUUCGUAUCGCCCGUAAGCGGACAACUGUCCAUUGGAUGGCAAUCACGGCCACUGCUCAACGCCUUGUCUAACAAUUCUCGCAGUAAUGGCUCAAUUGGUUUAAUCGGCAAACACAACAAUAAUGGACCAAAUGGUGCGGACGAGUGCUAUAUUGUUGACAUUUCUGGUCACGAAGACGACAACACGACGGAUUGCGAGUCAAUACAAAACAAUUGUAAGGUAUGUAAGGUAUGCGGUGACAAAGCCAAUGGCCGUAACUACGGGGCUCUUACAUGUGAGGGCUGUAAAGGUUUUUUCAGGCGAUUCAGUAAAAAGAAACCCAAGGAAUGCAAAACUGAAGGGAAAUGUAUCAUAAAUGUGUUUAACAGAGGGAAAUGUCAAGAGUGCCGAUACAACAAGUGUCUGAGUGUCGGUAUGAGUCCCGAGUUAGUCAACCGCAGGGGUGAGAGCGCUGACAUAAACCCAUCAUUUGUCGGCACACAGGGAGACAAACAUAAGCCCAACUCCACUACUGUUUUGCUUUUUCUGGUUAUGGAUCCCAAACACUAUCACAUGACCUCCAAUAGGGUUACCAACUUAUCCAAUGCCAUACAAGCGUUGUCUGGCGAGCAAUUCAUCCCAUGGCUCGUCAAUUUACAGAAAAAGUUUGAGACACCGUCUGAGGCAGACAUAAACAAAAUUCCUAAAAUAGAAUCGGGUGUUUUAAAUCAAGAUCACGUGAUGGGAAUGACGGUAUUAACAUUACAAUUAACUUUCGAGUUUUUUAAACAAAUACCCGGUUAUAACGCACUUUCAGAGGACGAUAGGGUCGCUCUUUAUAAGUCGCGAUCGGCCGGAGUAAUGAUGUUAAAGGCUGCGCGCAAUUACGAGUGGCGCACCGAUACCAUAAAGUACGCCACAAAUCAGCGCUACACCCGUAAGGACCACGAGAUUGCAUGCGUUGGCUACACAGCCGACCCUUUGUAUGAUUUUUGCCGAUGGAUGACCGAACGCGGCGUCGAUGCCAUAGAGUACGCACUGAUCACUGCUAUCGCGCUCUUCGAUGAGAGACCCGGUCUAUCGGAUGGGCAGACAGUGACCACAAUUCAGGGUAAAUAUAUUGACGUUUUGAAGGCAUACUUGGAUCAGCGCAGGCCUCCCAACACAGACUAUUUUUACCGACUGUCCGCUAUUGGGACACGACUGCAAACUCUGACGAAUGUCAACACCGAGACGUGUUGGGCGUUGAAAACACUGAAUCUGGUUGUGCCCCCACUUUUGGUCCAAGUUUGGGACAUUAACGUUAAAUGUCCUAUUUUUAAAAUAAUUCUCAACCCAUAUGUAUGGGAUAAUUAA